GAGAUCAGCAUGGAGCACGCACUGAUAAGCCACAGGGAGCAAGUAACUUAUCAUCUCCUUGAUUGUAAAGUGCUGAUGGGGAAGAUUGGGAGUAAGGAGUCAGGUAGGAAAGGCAGUGCUAAAGGGUAAAGGGGAGGGGUACCAUAGUGCGACCUGGGUGCGUAGGUACACCUCUCAUCCUGUAUAAAAGUGCUGAAAUCCUUGGUACCUGCAUCCCAACUCCCAGCACCUCACCUCUCCUUUCCCUGCUUCCUCUACCACAGGAUCAAAAGUACUUGACUCCAGCCAUAAACAUGGAUAAAAAGAAAAUGGCUCCCUUUCCGGAAUUCCAGAACCAUAUUGCUGAUGAUCUCGAUGAUGUCAAAAAACAGACGGAUAUGUCCCUGAAUGGCAAUACAUUCCUUCCACCUGACAAUACCAGUUUAGCUACUACAGACUUACCACCAAGUUACUCCUCUGUGACACUCACACAAGAUGAAUCUGAAAAAGAAAAGGAGUUUGAUCCAUGGGACAUGCCGGAACUUAAAAGUACUGGACCCAAGUGGUCAGAAAUGAACACAAAACAACGUGUCUUGUCUGUUCUAAAGGCGAUUGCUCGGGGGAUCCUCUUACUUGGAUUGUUGUACUUCUUUGUGUGUUCACUGGAUGUGUUAAGCUCUGCCUUUCAGUUGGUUGGAGGAAAAGCUGCAGGAGAUAUUUUCAAGAACCACUCUAUUCUCUCCAAUCCUGUUGCUGGGCUGGUUAUUGGUGUCCUGGUGACUGUCCUUGUACAGAGCUCAAGUACAUCCACAUCUAUCGUGGUCAGCAUGGUGUCAUCUGGACUUCUAACAGUCAGGACAGCCAUUCCAAUCAUCAUGGGAGCCAACAUUGGCACAUCAGUCACAAACACCAUUGUAGCGCUGAUGCAGUCUGGCGACCGGAAUGAAUUUAGAAGGGCAUUUGCUGGAGCUACUGUCCAUGACUUCUUCAACUGGCUGUCGGUGCUGAUCCUGCUACCCAUUGAAAUAGCAUCAGGAUACCUGUACCAUCUAACCAAUGCCAUUGUGGAUUCCUUCAACUUAGAGUCAGGAGAGGAUGCCCCAGAUAUGCUGAAGGUUAUCACUGAGCCUCUCACCAAAGUAAUCAUCCAGCUUGAUAAGAAAGUCAUACAGGAAAUUGCCAAUGGGGAUGAAGCUGCUCAGAACAAGAGUCUGGUUAAAAGAGAUUGUGGAACGAAGAUGUGGGUGAAUGCUUCAGUGCCGGGCCCAGAAAACUGUACUUCUAGCAGACUCUGCUGGACAGAUGAAAACAAUGUGACAUGGACAGAGAUCCAAGAACAUGUCCAGGCCACUUGUGCACACAUAUUUGCCAAGGCAAAUCUCCCAGACCUGGCAGUUGGACUUAUCCUCUUGGCACUGUCACUGUUAGUGCUUUGCACCUGUCUGAUCCUAAUCGUCAAGCUCCUGAACUCAAUGCUAAAGGGACAAGUUUCAGUAGCCAUCAAGAAGGUCAUUAACACUGAUUUCCCUUUCCCAUUCUCAUGGCUGACGGGUUACUUGGCAAUGUUGGUUGGAGCCGGAAUGACAUUCAUUGUGCAGAGCAGCUCGGUUUUCACAUCUGCAAUUACUCCACUCAUUGGCAUUGGUGUGAUUAGCAUAGAGAGAGCUUAUCCCCUGACGCUUGGAUCUAACAUUGGAACAACAACGACUGCGCUAUUAGCUGCCUUAGCCAGUCCUGGGGAAACCUUAUACAACUCUGUGCAGAUUGCAUUAUGUCACUUUUUCUUCAAUAUAUCUGGGAUCCUGCUUUUUUACCCCAUUCCCUUCACAAGAAUACCUAUUCGGCUAGCUAAAGGUCUGGGAAACAAAACAGCCAGAUACCGGUGGUUUGCUGUCAUUUAUUUGAUUUUGUGUUUUUUCUUACUGCCUCUAGCAGUAUUUGGCUUGUCAAUUGCUGGAUGGCAGAUACUUGUAGGAGUUGCUGUCCCUAUUGUGUUUUUGAUCAUUGUCGUCAUUGUCAUCAACACUUUGCAAGCCAAAUGUCCACGUGUGUUGCCAAACGUUCUGAAGACAUGGAACUUCCUUCCCAAGUGGAUGCAUUCUCUAAGCCCGUGGGAUUCUUGGAUGAGCCACGCUGCUCUCUUCUGUGGUCGCCGAUGUUGCUGCUGCUGCAGCAAGUGUAAAUGCUGUAAGUGCUGCCAACCCAUUGAAGAUGAGGAGUUGUCUCUCGACAAGCCACAGGCCUUGGAAUGUCAUGAGAACGUGGUGGACUUGAGUGAUGAAUUACCAAAUAUCGACAGUAAAGAACAAGGGAAAAACCUGAGCCUUACUUCCUUGUAGGAGAAUCUGCCAUGAGAACUGUAUAGACUAUCAUUAUACUUUCAUAUUUAUUAACGACAUGAUAAAAAUUACUAUUUAUCUCAUACUAUGAGUUGCUCUGCCCAUCAGGAAGCGCCCAAAUAAUAACCCGUAUUCUCUGUUCUAAGUGAAUCAAGUUCUGACUUCUAUUUCUUAGCGUCUACUUAAUGCUGCCGUCAUUAUAUAUACUAAUAAUGAUGUCAGACCCCUAUGAACCAUUGUUUAUUAAAUAGAAUAAGUAAAUAAUUGGAGUGUAAUGAGAGUGUGACAUCAUAGCUAUAGACGUGUGGAAUAACAAGCAACUGCAUGUAAAUAUCACAAGUUCUGAAAGAUCUCUGAAAGUCUUUUAAGCCUUUUACACACGAUCGGAUAUCUGAUGGAAUCUAAUCCGAUGCAUUUUUUCGUUGGAUAUCCGAUGAAGCUGACUUUCA